AAGAGGCUCUCAGUAAAUUCUUACCUCUAAAGCUCUUUGCCUUAGCUUCAUUGCUAAGUAGCUUGAAGUUGCAGCAGUAGGGGCGCCCAUUCUCUCUCUCGUUUCUGGUUUUUCUCUUUCCUAGGGUUUCUGAUUUUACUAAAGCCACUCCCAUUUCUCAGCGCUUUCUGUGAUGACUGACUUGGAAGCUUAACUUUAUCAAAUCGAAAGAGAGUGUUUGGACACUGAGAUUUUGAGUGGCGUUUGAGAGAAAUGUCGACGUCCAGAGGCAGGUCUGAUCAGCCUCCGCAGUCGCAGAGGCGGAUCACGAGAACGCAGACCGCUGGGAACCUUGGAGAGUCUAUAUUUGAUAGUGAAGUUGUGCCAUCGUCGCUCGUUGAGAUUGCGCCGAUUCUUCGUGUUGCCAAUGAAGUUGAAUCGAGCAACCCCAGAGUUGCUUAUCUCUGCCGAUUUUAUGCCUUUGAGAAAGCUCAUAGGUUAGAUCCAACAUCAAGUGGACGUGGUGUUCGUCAAUUUAAAACUGCUCUCCUUCAACGUCUUGAAAGGGAAAAUGAUCCAACACUAAUGGGAAGGGUGAAAAAAAGUGAUGCACGUGAAAUGCAGAGUUUCUAUCAACAUUACUACAAAAAAUAUAUCCAAGCUUUACAAAAUGCUGCAGAUAAAGCUGACCGUGCACAGCUUACCAAGGCAUACCAAACGGCUAAUGUUCUCUUUGAGGUUUUGAAGGCUGUUAAUAUGACACAAUCUAUGGAAGUUGCUCGUGAGAUUCAGGAAGCUCACAAUAAAGUUGUAGAAAAGACACAGAUCUAUGUUCCCUACAAUAUCCUUCCACUUGAUCUCGAUAGUGCAAACCAGGCUGUUAUGAAAUAUCCAGAGAUUCAAGCUGCUGUUUUGGCUCUUCGUAACACCAGGGGUCUUCCUUGGCCCAAGGAACACAAGAAGAAAAAAGAUGAAGACAUUCUGGAUUGGCUUCAGGCGAUGUUUGGGUUUCAGAAGGACAGUGUGGCAAAUCAAAGAGAGCACCUGAUUUUAUUACUUGCAAAUGUGCACAUACGGCAGUUUCCGAAGCCUGAUCAACAACCUAAGUUGGAUGAUCGUGCACUGACAGAGGUGAUGAAGAAGCUUUUCAAGAACUACAAAAAAUGGUGCAAGUAUUUGGGUCGGAAAAGUAGCCUUUGGUUACCAACUAUACAGCAAGAAGUUCAACAGCGUAAACUUCUGUACAUGGGCCUGUAUCUUUUAAUCUGGGGGGAAGCUGCAAAUUUGAGAUUCAUGCCAGAGUGUCUUUGUUAUAUUUAUCAUCAUAUGGCAUUUGAAUUGUAUGGUAUGCUAGCUGGGAAUGUUAGUCCCAUGACAGGGGAAAAUGUAAAACCAGCCUAUGGAGGUGAAGAAGAGGCUUUCUUGAAGAAAGUUGUUACUCCUAUCUAUGAAGUGGUUGCAAAGGAAGCUGAAAGAAGCAAACGAGGAAGAUCAAAGCAUUCUCAAUGGAGGAAUUAUGAUGAUUUAAAUGAAUACUUUUGGUCAGUCGAUUGUUUCCGCUUAGGUUGGCCAAUGCGUGCGGAUGCUGAUUUCUUCUGUCUGCCUACUGAACAAUCACAUUUUGACAAAAGUGGGGAUAACAAGCCAUCUGGUAGAGAUCGAUGGGUUGGAAAGGUUAAUUUUGUCGAGAUACGGUCAUUUUGGCAUGCCUUUAGAAGCUUUGACCGUAUGUGGAGCUUUUUCGUUAUAUGUUUACAGGCUAUGAUUAUUGUUGCUUGGAAUGGCACGGGCCAACCCAGUUCUAUAUUUACGUCUGAUGUUUUCAAGAAAGUAUUGAGUGUUUUUAUAACUGCAGCAAUAUUGAAGCUUGGGCAAGCUGUUCUUGAUGUGAUUCUCAGCUGGAAAGCACAGUGGAGUAUGUCGUUCCAUGUUAAGUUAAGAUACAUUCUGAAGGUUGUUUCCGCUGCUGCAUGGGUGAUAAUCCUACCAGUUACUUAUGCUUAUACCUGGGAAAAUCCUCCUGGGUUUGCUCAAACCAUCAAAAGUUGGUUUGGAAAUAAUUCAAAUUCACCUUCCCUUUUUAUUUUGGCUGUUGUAAUCUACUUGUCACCAAAUAUGUUGGCUGCAAUGUUGUUUCUUUUCCCAUUCAUCCGACGGUUCCUUGAGAGGUCAAACUAUAGGAUUGUGAUGCUGAUGAUGUGGUGGUCGCAGCCACGUUUGUAUGUCGGAAGGGGAAUGCACGAGAGUACAUUUUCCCUUUUCAAGUACACAAUGUUUUGGGUUCUUCUCAUGGUCACAAAGUUGGCUUUUAGUUACUAUAUUGAGAUAAAACCUCUAGUGGGUCCGACAAAAGCUAUCAUGGAUGUACAUAUUACUACGUUUCAGUGGCAUGAGUUCUUUCCUCGUGCCAAGAACAAUAUUGGUGUUGUGAUUGCACUAUGGGCUCCAAUUAUUCUUGUCUACUUUAUGGAUGCCCAGAUUUGGUAUGCAAUAUUCUCAACGUUGUUUGGUGGUAUUUAUGGAGCAUUUCGUCGUCUUGGAGAGAUUCGAACAUUAGGAAUGCUGAGGUCUCGUUUUCAAUCAUUGCCUGGUGCUUUUAAUGCCUGUUUGAUUCCAGAGGAAAAGAGUGAGCGAAAGAAAAAAGGAUUGAAGGCAACCUUCUCUCGCAACUUUGCUGAGGUCCCAUCUAAAGAGAAAGAGGCAGCAAGGUUUGCUCAGUUAUGGAACAAAAUUAUCAGUAGUUUCAGAGAGGAAGAUCUCAUAAGCAAUAGGGAAAUGGACCUUUUGCUCGUUCCUUAUUGGGCCGACCGUGAUUUGGACCUUAUACAGUGGCCUCCAUUUUUACUUGCAAGCAAGAUCCCAAUUGCUUUAGACAUGGCCAAGGACAGCAAUGGCAAGGAUAAAGAGCUAAAGAAGAGAAUUGAGGCUGACAGCUACAUGUCUUGUGCUGUUUGUGAAUGCUAUGCUUCAUUUAAGAACAUCAUAAAAUUCCUGGUUCAAGGGGAUCGAGAAAAAGAGGUUAUAGAUUCUAUAUUUAAUGAGGUUGACAAACACAAAGAUGCUAAUGACCUGAUAACCGAAUUCAAGAUGAGUGCUCUUCCUAGCCUCUAUGACCACUUUGUAAAGCUUAUCAAGUAUUUGUUAGACAAUAAGCAGGAGGACAGGGAUCACGUUGUGAUUCUUUUUCAGGACAUGUUAGAGGUUGUGACAAGAGACAUAAUGGAGGAUCAUAUAUCCAGUUCGUUUGAUUCAAUACACGGUGUACAUGGCCAUGAGGGGAUGACCCCCCUUGAUCAACAGUAUCAGUUAUUUGCAUCUGCUGGAGCUAUCAAGUUUCCUAUUGAUCCAGUAACAGAGGCUUGGAAGGAGAAGAUUAACCGUCUUUCUCUGUUGCUUACCACAAAAGAAUCUGCCAUGGAUGUACCAUCCAAUUUGGAAGCUAGAAGACGUAUUUCUUUCUUCUCCAAUUCAUUAUUUAUGGAGAUGCCUGAAGCACCCAAAGUUCGCAAUAUGCUCUCAUUCUCUGUUUUAACUCCUUACUAUACGGAGGAAGUUCUUUUCUCCUUGCAUGAUUUGGAAGAGCCAAAUGAAGAUGGUGUUUCGAUUCUCUUCUAUUUGCAAAAGAUUUUCCCAGAUGAGUGGAACAACUUCCUUGAACGAGUGAAUUGCAUCAGUGAAGAAGAACUAAAAGGAUCUGAUGAGUUGGAAGAGGAACUACGUCUUUGGGCUUCAUAUAGAGGCCAGACUUUGACUAGAACUGUAAGAGGGAUGAUGUACUACCGGAAAGCUUUGGAGCUUCAGGCUUUUCUUGACAUGGCCAAACAUGAAGAUUUAAUGGAAGGCUAUAAAGCUGUAGAGUUGAAUUCGGAAGAUCAAUUGAAAGGGGAUAGAUCAUUAUGGGCACAGUGUCAAGCUGUAACUGACAUGAAAUUUACAUAUGUGGUAUCAUGCCAACUCUAUGGUAUUCACAAACGAUCUGGUGAUCCUCGUGCACAAGACAUUCUGAGGCUCAUGACAACAUAUCCAUCACUUCGUGUAGCAUACAUUGAUGAGGUUGAAGAACCUAGCAAAGAUGAAACCAAGAAGAUCAACCAGAAAGUUUAUUAUUCUACUUUGGUGAAGGCUGCGCCUAAAUCCAUCGAUUCUUCGGACCCAUUGCAAAAUUUGGACGAGGUUAUUUAUCGGAUAAAGCUUCCAGGACCUGCUAUCCAGGGUGAGGGAAAACCAGAAAAUCAGAAUCAUGCUAUUAUUUUCACUCGCGGAGAGGGCUUGCAGACGAUAGAUAUGAACCAGGAUAACUAUAUGGAAGAAGCUUUAAAAAUGAGGAAUUUGCUGGAAGAAUUUCUAAAAAAGCAUGAUGGUGUUAGGUUUCCUUCAAUCCUUGGAUUGAGGGAGCAUAUAUUUACUGGCAGUGUUUCUUCUUUAGCUUGGUUCAUGUCAAAUCAGGAAACCAGUUUUGUGACUAUUGGUCAGAGAUUGUUGGCCAACCCUCUGAGGGUUCGUUUCCACUAUGGUCAUCCUGAUGUGUUUGAUAGGCUCUUUCAUCUCACUAGAGGAGGUGUUAGCAAAGCAUCUAAGGUUAUCAAUCUGAGUGAAGACAUAUUUGCAGGCUUCAAUUCUACACUUCGUGAAGGCAAUGUUACUCAUCAUGAGUACAUACAAGUUGGAAAGGGGAGGGAUGUGGGCCUCAACCAGAUUUCUAUGUUUGAAGCAAAAAUAGCUAAUGGCAAUGGAGAGCAAACAUUGAGUCGCGAUAUCUACCGCCUCGGUCACCGUUUUGAUUUUUUCCGAAUGUUAUCCUGUUAUUUCACGACUGUUGGUUUCUACUUCAGUACUCUGAUUACUGUGCUCACUGUAUAUGUGUUCCUUUAUGGUCGUCUUUAUCUUGUUCUUAGUGGACUUGAAGAAGGAUUGAGCACUCAACCAGCCAUUCGAGACAAUAAACCUCUUCAAGUGGCGCUUGCUUCUCAAUCUUUUGUUCAGAUCGGCUUUUUGAUGGCCUUGCCUAUGUUGAUGGAAAUUGGGUUGGAAAAAGGUUUCCGAAUGGCACUGAGUGAAUUCAUUUUAAUGCAAUUGCAACUGGCCCCUGUAUUUUUUACGUUCUCACUUGGAACAAAGACACACUAUUAUGGAAGGACAUUACUUCACGGAGGUGCUAAAUAUAGGCCUACAGGUCGAGGUUUUGUGGUGUUCCAUGCCAAGUUUGCUGACAACUACAGGUUGUAUUCCCGCAGCCACUUUGUGAAGGGUAUAGAGCUCAUGAUUUUACUUGUUGUAUACCAGAUUUUUGGACAGCCAUAUAGAAGUGCUGUUGCAUAUGUUUUGAUCACAAUAUCUAUGUGGUUUAUGGUUGGCACCUGGCUUUUUGCACCUUUCCUGUUCAAUCCUUCUGGUUUUGAGUGGCAAAAGAUUGUUGAUGACUGGACUGAUUGGAAUAAGUGGAUAAGCAAUCGGGGUGGAAUAGGUGUUCCACCUGAAAAAAGCUGGGAAUCAUGGUGGGAGGAGGAGCAAGAGCAUCUCCGCCAUUCUGGAAAGCGUGGUAUCAUGGCUGAAAUAUUGUUAGCUCUGCGAUUCUUUAUCUAUCAGUAUGGCCUUGUAUAUCACUUGACCAUAGCAAAGAGGACAAAAAGUUUCCUGGUCUAUGGCGUCUCAUGGCUGGUGAUUUUUCUAAUAUUGUUUGUGAUGAAGACUGUUUCUGUUGGGAGGCGAAAGUUCAGUGCAAAUUUCCAACUUGUGUUCCGGUUGAUUAAGGGAAUGAUAUUCCUAACAUUUGUGGCCAUUCUGGUUACUUUGAUUGCACUUCCUCACAUGACAUUUCAGGACAUUAUUGUGUGCAUUCUUGCCUUCAUGCCAACUGGAUGGGGGAUGCUUUUGAUUGCACAGGCGUGCAAGCCUCUUGUUGUUAAAGCUGGGUUUUGGGGAUCUGUCCGGACCCUUGCUCGGGGCUAUGAGAUUGUUAUGGGUUUGCUUCUGUUCACUCCAGUUGCCUUUUUGGCCUGGUUUCCAUUUGUGUCAGAAUUCCAAACCCGUAUGCUCUUCAACCAAGCAUUCAGUAGAGGUUUACAAAUCUCUCGUAUUCUCGGUGGGCAAAGGAAGGACCGCUCGUCGCGCAACAAAGAGUGAUCUUAAAGACAGAGCAAAUCUUCAAGAAGCUCAUUCCUUGAUUACUUGCCUGUUCAUAAUUUCAUUUAAGUUGUAUAUUAUUAUUGACGAAGUUGGGGCCUUCAAUUUUGUCCAUUUGAUUUGUUGACCAGCUGUGACUUCUUGUUCAGUAUAAUAUGUAAAUCUAUAUUCCGAUUCAAGGGAAGUACGAGUUAUGUUA